CUCUCCCCCACCUUGUACUGCGACGAAAUCCGAGACAGGCUUGAAAGCGAACUCCGAGUCCUUUGCCAUACCCCAUUCCUUUCUUGUUUGGAGUUGGGUCAACUGCUCCAUUAUGCCAUUCCUGCAUCCCUUCCCAUUACCAUCAAUCCUCCAUCAGACCUUUCAUUAAUUAACGCACUAAUUGUAGCGAAUACAUCUCUCAAUGCGCGGCUUUUAGCUCUAUUUAUAGCCAGCCAGCCGAACACAAAGACUGCCACACACCCGCUGCUCAUCUCCUCCUUCGGUUCCUCUGGUCUAAUGGCAUGUCAAGGACAACCUCUGUCUAAUGGUUUCCUGUUGGACUCCUCUUGCUUCCCCAGUUUCCUCUUCUCGUCGCUUGACGACGCCAGUAGCUCUGCCAUUGUUGACGAAAAUGUCGCUGCGGCUUCAUUUGAUGGCUACUUGGUCUGUUCUGUGAUUACAAAUCAAGAAGCCUCGGCUACCACGGAGAACAAAAGAAAGAGCAGAUCAGAUGAGACCAAUUUGAGCACUGUGUCAACUCAAUGCAUGGUUAGAGAAUUCCGUCAAGCUGAAUCUACCAAGGAAGGCAAGAGCAAGAAGCAGAAGAGAGUUGCAAAGAAAACAGAGGAAAAGAAACAGAGCUCAAACUCAGAUGGAUAUGUGAGAGCAAAGAGAGGCCAGGCAACAGAUAGCCACAGUCUCGCGGAGAGGGUGAGAAGGGAGAAGAUCAGUGAAAGGAUGAAGAUGCUGCAAGGCCUUGUUCCUGGCUGUGACAAGGUAACAGGAAAAGCACUAAUGCUGGAUGAGAUAAUUAACUAUGUGCAGUCCCUGCAAAAUCAAGUCGAGUUUCUCUCCAUGAAGAUUGCAUCCUUGAGUCCUGUGUUAUACGACUUCAAUGCGGACCUUGUUGAUUGCAUCGAUCAACAGCAGAAACUGAUAAGAGGCAUAGUACAGCAGCCGCAGCCUUGUAUGGAGCUAAGUAAUCCCCUUCAACCUCAGGCCAAAGCUUAUGCGAAUGAAGCGUUCACCGACUACCAACUGAUGGGCCAUGCAACUGGAGCUCACACAAGCUUCUCUCAGGAUGCCAAUGGCAGUCCACUGCAAAUGGGUGCACCGAGACAAGGGUUCCUCGAUCAAGUAGGGUUUCUGAACAAUUGCCACUUCCAGUAAAUAAUUAAUGGAGUACCUGCACAACACUGUGACAGGGUUCCGGAGGGAGGAGGCCAUGGCCACCAACAAGAAGAACUACAAAUCCGUACUGAAACAUUGAAGAGGGAUGGAAGGACAAACGAGGGAGUGGAGGAAAGGAAGAGAUUUGUCAUCUUUGACUCUGAGCGUAUAUUUUAAUUUGAUUGGAGUGAGGCUUUGAUUCUUCUACUGUGUUCAAAAGUUGUGUAAGAGCUGAAAAAGAAAUUUGCAGUGGUGCUCACUCUCCAAUA